UUAGUAAUGACAAGCCUGUCUCUGGAAUGAUCUUAGAGUUUUGACAUUUCUAUACAGGUCGGAAUGAGGACUGCGGUGGGAGUGAAUAAAUUAUUAUGUCCGGUCACGUGACGGCCGGGCGACCAAUCAGCGCCUUCCGACUGCGCAGCGCCUCAUCUUGUCGCCAUUAUUGAGGUUUUUGUGGAGGUUGAAAGCUUGUGAGCAUUUUUACCAGGAUUUAGGGCCCAAAUUGUGCGGAUUUAGGCCCAAAUUUCGCGCCGCAGGCCCUCGGAAUACCCGUCGGAGUAGGGUGUAGCCAUGUGCGGAACAUGAGCGCUACAAACUCCGUGCCGAACGGUUGUAGUCUGGAGGAUUGCCAUUCAAAUGUGUUUGCUCUGACUGACCUGACAGGUAUCAAAUGGCGUAGGCUACGCGCCCCGUGCCCUGCGGGUGUGGGGCCCCUGGAGGACCCCAUCCUCUCCUCCUUCGCCAAGUGUCUCGCCGCCGACGUCUUCUGCGUGUGGCGCCGUCUCAGCCCCAGCACCGCCCCGAAGUUCCCGGGAGACAGCUUCCAGGGCGAACCAUCGACCCCAACCCCGAAACAAGAGCGGGAGCUGUGGAUAUUCUGGUACGGGGACGAUCCCGACUUAACGGACGUGUUACACCCCGAGCUGAAAGAUAUUGAGCAGGGGUCCUGGGAAAAGGAGUUAUCCUACGAGUGUCGGACCUUACUUUUCAAAGCCUUGCACAACCUCUUGGAGAGAUACUUGCUGUCUGCGGACUUUGUACGAUUGGGGAGGUGGUUCGUGCGACCGUACAUUCAAGGCACUGACAAGAAUGACAAAUGUGAGUACCUGUCGUGCGCCUUCUCGUUCUUCCUGCACGGUGAGAGCACAGUAUGCACCAGUGUGGAGAUCCAGGAGCACCAGUUGGUGGAGCGUCUGUCCAUGCAGCACUUUAACAGCGUGCAGGGCACCGCAGGCGGCUUCCAUGUCCUACUCAGUCCAUAUGGCCUGCACGCCACGCUGACUGGGCGCACCUACAAGGCCAGCGACCCCACCACACAGAGGCUUCUGGACGAAUGGAAGCACUUCUACCCCCUGAGCGACCAGGCGUCCGCAGAUGUGGGAGCCGCAGGCGACGCCAGCAGCACACUGCCGGUGGCUGUGGAGGUCGUCGUAGGUGGUGUGCGGAUGUGCUACCCUACUGAGUACGUGGUUGUGCCCAUGGUGCACUGUGAGGAAGGGACCCAGACAACAAGUGGAGGUGGCAGCCUAUCUGCAGUACAGCCUGCGAUGGGGAAGGCCUCGGCUCCGAUGUCCACGCUAUCGUCCAUGUCGCUCACCCCGCCGACCUCCCCGCUCAACCAGAGCGUGCUUCCGUCCGGCACCAGGACCGGGAACCCGGCCUGUCCCGCCAACCCCGCGGAGGACGAGCUGGGGUUCCGCGACGUGUCGCCCGAGAGGCUGGCGAGGAAAGUGGCGACACAGGUGUGGCAGGACAGCUGUGUCACAAUAGGUGUCAAACGACCACACCCUGAUGCCACAAAUAACGCAGGGGAUGAUGGGAUAGCGACGGACCUCGGAAACUGGGACUUCAUCGACCCUACACAGAAGGUGGACUGCAAAUGUUCAAGACAAAAGGUGAAGUUGCGGUCCUCAGGCCACGGAUCGAGCCGGCCAGCCCCCAGCUCCUCCUCAGGCCUAUCCAAGCACACGUACAGCGCCUGGACCAGUCUGGGGGGAACCUCCUCCAAGCACAAGCAGAGUGACAAGUCGGAGAAACAGGAGAAACAGCAGCAGCCACGCGUGCGGCCCCUCACACCAUUCCACCACCGGGCGCCGACCCCCUCCGUCGACUCCUACAUGGGUGUGGACCAGGAGAACUUCACCAAUCAGAGACUGGGACUGGGGAUGGGACCACUGGCGGGCGGGGGUGGACAGGGCGUCGAUAACAAGCGUUUCCUGCCGACUCCUGGUUCGGUGGAGUCGUCUCACUCUGCGGCACCCUCCCCGCUCGUGGCGCCAUCGGGGACGGCGUCCAGUUCGCUGCCGGGAGAAAGAACAAUGCCGACGUUAAGCCCUCAUCCGAUUAUAAAGAAGGAAAACGACAUGGGGCCCCCUACUGUCACCUCCCAGAGGGAAUGUAGCCUCCCGUUCGCGAACAACACUGCGGUGGUAACGGAGGUUCAGAGAAGACUGGACAAGAAAGCAGCUAACGAGUACAAGGGUUUGCCUCCGGAGAGUGAAAAGGAGGACGGAAGAUGGAAAUGCUACAAACUUCCCAAAGUGAACACAGGAAAGGAAUUUCACAGACCGGCGCUCGCUCCGACGGUGUUUGACACCGCGGGGUUUGAAAACGAGGAGGAAGGAACUUCAGGACAACUACCAGACUUGACAGUUAGGCCAGCACUUGGUGUACUUGAGAGGCCUCUGAAGAAGAUGAAGACAAAUUUCUCGUUCCGCCCGAUCCACCCGGCCAUGGACACCAUCCACAGCGACUCCUCCUCCAGGAGUCUCAUGGCCAGGACGUCUCCCGGGAUCGACCCUUACGAGUUCAUGGAGGACUCCUCACCUCCUAGCCUUAUGCCAACAGGGUUUCCUCCUCGAGGGAAGUCCAGUAAGAAGGGUCGGCUGCAGUCUCUGUCAUCCCAGUCUGACAGGAACAGCACUGACUCCCAGUCUAACAAGGGUGCUGAGGGACAGAACCAGGCUGGCACAGCCAAGGGGGAGGCCUCAGCCAAGUCUGGGGAGAAGGAACCCAAGUUGUCAUCACCCCAGCCAGCAGUGAAGGUUGUGUCCUCUACCAGCCUGACCACAGAGGCCGACCUGGCUGUGACCUUCAGCGACCUUGACCAACUUUUCGAAUCAUCUGACUCAGACAAUGAUGAUGGGGGUCCGUCUGCAUCAGGUGGUGCGAAAAGUGCAAGUGCCGCCUCGACAGAAGACACUGCCCAAACACAUCUGCACAAGAGCAGUGGCGGAACAGGGAACAUCGCUGAUCUUCAAAACCUUCAGACAAUGUUCCCCACACCGCCGUCCGUCAACCCUUCCCUGUCGCCAUGCAACGCGGGGAACCAGGAGUACACCAGCCCGGACUCCGUACCCGGGAUCACCAAGGCAGACGGGCACGCAGCCACCGCGCUGGCAGACUACCCCGAGGUGGAGGUGGACGAGAGCAUGGGCAGUCCUGUCCCCGAGCAGAUCAAGGACUGGUCGUACGUGUACAGGAAAGCCAACACACAUCUACACUGUGGGUCCUCCAUGUACGCACCACUCAAGUCACUGCCCAGUCACAAGUUGCCACCCAUCCGACUCAAGGACAACAUGCUGUAUAAACCAUCAUGGCAGAUGCCUGUGAAGGACUAUCCCACUGUGACCGCAGGGGGGUUCAUGGACCUCAUGCCCCUCCCACAAGACAUGAUCAACUCCACCUGUCCUAUUACCAUGACGACUGUCACCGCUAGCAACAGCGUCCCCAUGGCUUCUCCCGCCUUCGCCUCAGUGAAGACGCCGCGCAGCGCAGGGGGGCCCGGACCGUACGAUUCCCCGCCUUCAACGGUGUCCUCCUUCCGGAACGUGAAUUCCGUGGAUAUGAACAGCGUGGGACCGACCAUGGAGGCCCACAGCCUCACUGUCAAUAUGCUUCUCUCGGAUUCCGCGAUCAAUCUGUUCAAGGACAGGAACUUCGACAGCUGCGUGAUCUGUGUUUGUAACGUGAACAUCAAGGGCGCAGACGUGGAAGUUUACCUCCCGGAGUUCCACGCUCAGAACCAGGAGGCUCAGUACAAGUGCACAUGUGGCUUCAGCGCCGUCAUGAACCGCAAGUACGCGCGGAAGGCAGGGUUGUUCCCGGAGGAUCUCUGCGAGAUUUUCGGCUUCAAGAACGUGAAGAGACUAAAGGAUAACGUGAGCGAGGUGAACAGAACUAGUAGAGAGGGCGAUAGCGCCCAGUCGGGAAAGACGGACGAGAAAGCCACUCUAAAUAUGAAGUUAGCUGGAAACAACAGAAUAUCCAAAGCGUUGUUGCAAGUUGUGCAGGACCAGUGUUCAAGCCUGUAUUCCACACCACAUUCCUUGGAUAGAAUCGUGGCCAAUCGGAGACCAUCGGUCGUUUCGCAGAAAAUCGAAGUCACCAUUUGUGAUGACUGUGAUGCGUGCCACUGGGCAUUAGAGCAGGGUAGGAGUCAUGACGGCUCCCCAGUCAAACUGGAGCAGGCAGACAAGGCUGUGUGUCAGCACACGUGGCCACCGCCUAAAGCUGUUGACCAGAGCAGCCUGUCGUCGCGUGACGUGGUGCGGAUGUUGCAGUCGCUGCAGCCGCUUCUCCAGGACGCCAUCCAGAAGAAACGCACCACGAGGUUAUGGGAGCCCAAACCUACCGUCCAGGGUCCUCUCACCUGGAGCCAGUUCCACAGGCUGGUGGGCAGAGGUGGAGACGAGAACAGUUCGGAGCCCCUGCCGGUGCCUUCACUCCUGGUUGGUUACGAGAAGGACUGGCUGUCGCUGUCUCCGUUCGCUCUCAACCACUGGGAAAAGCUCCUGCUGGAACCGUUCGGCACCUCGCGGGAUGUCGUGUACGUCGUCAUCUGUCCAGACAACGACACCAUCCUCAGCAACGCCAAGGCCUUCUUCAGGGAGUUGAGUACAGUGUAUGAGAGCUGUAGACUGGGUCGCCACCGUCCAAUCACCACAGUCCUGCGGGACGGAAUCCGGCGUGUCGGGAAGGUCGCGGCAGAGAGGCUGGCGGACAAGCCUGUGGACGAGUGGUUCAACAAACUUGAUGCGGUACCAGUGGGUAAGAAGCUGAAGUUGUAUGCGCAGGUCUGCAAACAUGACCUUGCUGCCCACUUGGCCACUGUCACGCUGGACACCUCACUCCUGAAGGCACUGCCGACACCCGGAAAGAACUCUGUUACCUCCAACUCCAGCAACAGCACCACGGGGACCUCCUCCUCCGGAAACACAGACAAACCCCCCUCCGUCCCCCCACCCCCCUCCAGCGGGGAUGGAAAGGAGGGGGAGUCACCUAAGGACCCUAACAACACGGGAGGGGAGAGCUCGGAGGGUGGGCAGAACAAGGAGAACAAAGAUGGCUCCCCUGACGAGGUGGACGAGGAAGCCCAGCCGCUCGCGGUGGUUGUGUACAUCGUGGAUCCGUUCAGCAUGGGUCCCGAAAACGGCCACCUGACGGACGUGUACGCGCUCGGGCUGCUGAAGUGUUACACCGAGAUUCUGCAGGCCGACCUUCCAGACAACGUCAGAAACAACAUCAGUCUGCAGAUCAUCCCUGUGCAGCAGCUGGUUCAGCCCCAGAAGGCUGAGGAGCGAGCGACGUACCUGCAGCACCUGAAGACACUGGCCUUCUCCGUCUUCACACAGAGCCACAGGACCCUGCAGUUCACCAUCCACGCCAAGUCUGUCACCGGCUUCGGGCCGUCCGCACAGAAUGAGGCCAUUCUCAAGUCAAAAGAGACUGACGUGCUGCACCUGUACACGCCACCUUACAUCCUGGCACCGCAGAAGGACAAACAGACAGAACUGGUGGAGUCGUUCGGCGAGCUGACGCCCAAAUCCGGGGUCCUGUUCUGCGCGUACUGUCUGUCGUCCGACCAGCGGUGGAUACUGGCCACGGUAACGGACCUGAGGGGGGAACUCUUGGACACCGUCGUCAUCAGUGUAGAGGCUCCAAUCAGCCCCAAACCCAGGAAGGUGUCUGCCUGCAGGAUGGGUCUACAGAAGCUGUGGGAGUUUGUGCUGUCCGUCAUCGCCACGACAACCUUCCCAUGGAGGAUCGUCAUCGGCAAACUGGGCAGGAUCGGGCACGGAGAGCUCAAAGACUGGAGCAGCCUGUUGAGUCGUCAGCGUAUCCUGAAGUCCAGCAGGAACCUGAAGGAGGUGUGUCGGAUGUGCUCGAUGUCUCCGCAGUGCGAGUGUCCCACAAUCCUCUCUGCCUGCAUGGUGUCGCUGGAGCCAGAGAGCGCUCUCAGGAUCUUCCACGAGUCAGUGAUGUCAGGUUCGGCUCCUGGUGCCAGGCCGGGCGGCCUGCUGGGUUCCCAGCUCAGCACCCCACGAGACGCGUCCUGUACACACCUCAUGGCCUUCCCCACGUCCGCCACCACCCAGGCUGCAGCCGCCAACUUCAGCAUCACCGAGACUAUGGACCUGGGCUUCGCUGGAAACACAGGUGACAUGUUGGGUGAUGAUGACCUUCUGCCGGUGCUGCAAGAGGACCUCGGGGACUCCGAUCUGAACCAGUUCCUAGGUCUGGCUGCGUCUCCAACUGCGCUGACUUCUCCGGUCCACUCCCCGCAGUCCCCCACGGGAGGGGGCUUCUCCGGCGGCGGACAGUCCAACCCUUACUCAGGGGGAGGGGAUGGCAGUGGAAAAACGUCUUCCUCUCAGCCCCUGCCUGACCCAGAUGAGAUCCCCAUGCUCCUGCAGCAGCCCCUGGCCCUGGGGUACUUCAUCUCCACCGCACCCAUCGGAGACAUGCCCAAGUCCUUCUGGUCCGCCUGUCCUCAUGCCGAGGGGGUCUGUCCCGUGUACCUCAAGUCUGCGCUCCAUGUGCACACCCCUGCCGUACAGCAGAACUCUGAGGAGAUCCUCCAGUCUCGACACUCCCACCCCCUGGACUCCAACCUCACAUGUGAUGUACUCAGGUAUGUUUUGGAAAGCUACAAUGCUUUGUCGUGGUUGACCUAUGACCCCGUGAGGAGGGACCGCCGCUCUUGCCUCCCCGUGCACAUGGUGGUGCUGACCAAGCUCUACAACACCAUGGCAACGCUGUUGACGUAACAGUAGCUACGACAACAGUAUCCAUAGCAACAGUGGCUUCCAAGGCAUCCUGAGACAGACUUUUCCUCAUAGCAAUUUUGUACACGAGACUUUUUUCCUUAAAACAAAACAUGAGGCAUUACCCAUGAAGCUGUUGGUAUCUGUUUACAGCUGGUCGUCAUGGUGAUGCCUGUUACUAUAGCAACUGGAGUGAAGGUAGAACAGUUUUCUGGUGCAGUCUACGACCACCGCCUACUUUUGGUGGUUUUAUGUUGUGGAAUUGGCAAAACAGUAGAGAAUCUGAAAGAUAUUUUUCCCAUUCAGGCAACAAUAACUUGUUUCAGCUUAGCAAAGGCAAUUAGUUGUCUCAGUCGACACUAAAUCUUUUGGCUGUUACUUUUUUUGGCUAAUGCUGGAUUUUGGAUUCUGAGAAAUGAAAAUGAAAGAAGCAAUAGUAUCUGCUUGGAGAAAGCUCAGUUUAUGACCAUUCAGUACUUCACAUUUCUGUCAUCUGAAGUUCCAAAAACACAUCUAACAGGCUAGUGUUUCCUCUUUAUGAAGUAUCAACAUGUGUGGACAUCUCAUGUCAAUCUGUACAUGUGUGUAUUGUGCUAUGUUCAGAGGGAGAGCAUCAGCAGUCCAUGGAAUGGACAAUGUUGUGAGUGUGGCAGGGUUAGAGGAUGAGAAUUCAGACUUGUAUUGGAGCGUUGCAAACAAUGACCCAUUGUCAAGUAUCACUGAGGAACGUCUACCUACAGAUAUAAGGCUUCUCUCAUGGUCAGGAUUUUGUUUAAGGAUUAGUGGAGAUUCCACAAAUUCACUACUAUUUACUUUUGAGGAAAAUGUCCAUCUUUGAUUACUUCAUAGAAAUACACAGCUCCCUUUGUCCUGAAAUGUGGCAACUGAAUUUUUUCUGACCAUGUACACCCCUUUGGCUUCUGGUCAACAUGUGCAAAAUACAGCGUAGUUAUUGUACAAAUCACAACCACUUUCUCAGUACGAAGUACUAGUACCUGAAUGAAUUCUUCCAAAUUGUUAAUGAGAGUGAUAAAAUUGCUUUCAUUUUUGUGUAAAUGCUUUGUUAGCUAAAAGACCUGGUAGGAAGAUAAAGUUGUUUGUGCACUUCUCAGUUUCAAAGCUGAACUUGUUAAAGGCAAAGGCACAGAUAGUUCUGACUAAAAUCUUGAAAGGGAUGGCAAACUUGCAGCACAUACCUUUUCAUCCACAAUUUUCCAUUAUAUUUUGAUAGUCCUUCAAUAACUUAGUUUUAAAAUGGCAGAGAAUGGCUUCAGUAUGGGGAUGUGUGUAUUUGUUCCUUUUGUACUUACUGGUAUAAAUUGUUUAAAUGACAGUAUGCUUCCCCUGUUAGGUGAAUGGAACAGUCUGAGUUGUCUCUUACUUAGUUUGGAGGAAUGUACCAAAACUGGUGGUAGUAGGUGGGUGCAGAUCCAUGAUGACCAAAGCUUACAGAUCACAGAGGUUGCACGUCACGUCAAAAUCCAUGUAAAUAAAUUGGUAUAUUUUUGUGAGUCCCCUUCGAUCACUCAACUGUAUUGCACAGUGCUCUCAAAAAUUGCCGCCCCUGGCAGUUGAUAUUGGUGAAUUUUGUAUGUUCUGUGAUAUUUUUGUGACCUGAAUAUAAGUGUCUGUGUACGAUGUGUUAUUGAUGAUACUGCCUUUGCUCUCUCUUAGAUGCCUAAGUAAUAAAAAUGUACUGUGUGUGUAUACACUACCUGCAAAAUAUAUAUAUCUAUAAAUAUAUGUAUAUUAUAUCUACAUAGUACCAUGUAUGUACCAGACCAGAUUCUUGUAAAUCUAUUUUAUACAAAUGGAAGACUUUAAUAAAUUAUUGUUUGUGUCCGAGGACGGCCAGAUGACUAAUUUUAUGUAUGUACACUGUUGUACUUGUACAAAAAAAAUGGCAAAACCUUCAGGGACGCAGUCAAGGGACGGGAAAGGACCGUUACUAUGGCAACAGGAGAUUUUUCUGUCAUGAUAUCAGAGGUUACGUUUUUAUGAAUUUAGUUCCUGUAAAGAUGAUUGCCAUAUAUUUCGUCCCUAUGUCUCUGAUGAUGACACCCAUACUACUUAAUGACAUGAAUAGCGUCUAAUUUCUCAUGCCUUGUAAGGUAUAUGUUUUAUAAUUUGUGCCUCGGAAUGGAAGGCUGCAAACUUUUGUACAAUAUGUUGGUUCAAGAGCAUGUGAAACUUACUUAAUUUAAGAAUUUUGCUUCAAUGAUAGGAUUUCUGUUGCACCAGAUGCAGCGAACAUAAGUCGAGCUGCCGAGCAUGCUUCGUGCCCUAGCUUUGUACAUAGGAAAAAAUAGUGGGACACGAAAAGAUGUAUAUUAUUUCUCAAAUGUCCACUCAAUGUGUUACGAUGAAUGUUAUACUUUGGGGCAGGAGACUGGUCUGAAUAUCGUCCGUGGUGGCUGCUGUCCGAUGUCAGUGUGGGGUCCAGCGAGCGAUAAGGCGCCACCUACCGUGGCCUCCCGCCUCUGGCGAAGUUUCCCCCCAACCACAAUGGGUUUCUACUUUUCCACGUGAUUUGUAGAGUCAAUAAAAUAAGUUAUUCAUGUA